CGUAGAAGCCAUGUGCCGUGGACUCGAGACCGGGUUAGAAGAAACCGAAGCCCGAGGUGAGAAUGAAUAUAGCGGCAGUGCAAGAACCGAUGUAGACAGGAUAAAGUUGCCAAAAUUAAAUAAAUGCCGGCAAAGCAGCCGUAAGGAGGGAGCAGUGUGACAUGACGCCUGAAAUGCGGAACAGUGGAACACGGAGGGACGGCGGUUGCUGGGCAAUAGCAUGAUGAUGGAUGCAAGGCUCAAGAUUUCAAGAUUCUCUGAUUGACUCACACUUAUGCGAUUCGAUUAAUUGCGAUAGGUGUAUAAUGAUGUAUUCCAGUCAUUUCCAGACUAUCUAGUUCAUGUAGGAUGCGUAGAGAUGGAAGUUCUGCAUGUUUCCCUCCCUCCUAAGCGAUUUCCCCCCCUCCUGGAUGCAAUAGUAUAAGAACCGUCGGAAACAGCGUUUUCCAUGUAGUCCGAUAUAGUCUGGUUCGAGGUUAGACGGCGCACGUGUGUUGCAGUGGUCGCAGUGACUACUGAAGAGCUAGCAACCUGAGGAGAUUGUGUUGUAAUAAUUUAUGGUGUGUGCAAAUUAGUGGGAGUGAUACAGUUGUUUAUAGUUACGAUUCAUAAGCGUUCAAGAAAUUGAGUAAUCAGUUCAAAACUUUGUGUGUCCACCAACUCGUGACAGUAUUGAAGAAAGAAUGAGAUCAAGUCAUCAUUCAUCAUCACAGUCUUGUCAUCACAUGUGUUCAAGGAGACAAAACCACCAGUCACCCUGGUCACCGAAUAAUAUGCCGUAUCCAGAGGACUUUGGGCAAUACGAACCAUACUACACUACUGGAGAAUGCACACCAGGUAACAGAUUCAUAACCCAGCUCAGUCCCAGGACUAGGAGACCUGCAGUGUAUGCUCAAGAUCCGUCUGCCUCUGGUGAUACAGAGGAGAGACACCAAAUUUCACCACCCCUACGUCUCAACAUGUUUGACCAGGAGAGUUUUAUGCAAGCAGCAGACCCACUGAGUCUUCGCCGCAUAGACACUAGUGACACCCACAUGGAUGGACGUCCACAUUCAGGGGCUGUUGCCUUCAGAUUCUCCCCACACCGAAACACAGGAGAGAUGAGACUGAAUCCAGUAGAAAUCCAGCAUUCACCAAGAGUUUACUACACACCCAGCCAAGGUGAUGGGAGGAGGAGCACAGGACCAUCCCACGGGUGGUGCCAAGUACCGUUGACUCCCACUCCUGUUCGACACCCGCACAGCUCAUGGGACCACGCAGGAACCAGUUGUAGGAGUUCACAUCAAUACCACCCUUACAGUUGGAACAGAAGGAGCUUUCCAGUUAGACAAAAUAACCAAGAUGGUCAUACUUUGGACCAUUGCCACUGCCCAGGAAUGUUUCUACAGACCCCACCAACAAGGUUUUCACACCAGCCAGCUGCAAUGGUUCCAGAGUCAAUCCCAGCGACACAUUUGACUGAUCACGCAUAUGCUCAAUUGUUCGACUCGGAGCCAUAUUCCCCACAUUACUCGUGUCCAGUGUUCUCUCCUGGCACCAGCUCUGCCUUGGAUCUGCGCAGAUUCUCUGCUGGCCCACAGGCUACACCUACAUAUGAGGGACCUGAGUGGUUUUCUCCGGAGCUCUUUGGUAAGGAGCAGCAGCAACGCAGUCAUGCAUCUGCAUUUCAUUGUCCUCACUGUCCAACUGCUCACCAGUCAUUAUACUACAGUUCCUACCCUUCUUUCUAUCAACAGUGCUACGCCUGUCCCUCAACAACGGCAUUGAAUCUGGUGUCCUUGACACCCCCAGUCUUCCUCUCAGAAGUACAAGGCAGUUGGUUGGACCUAGCAUCAUCACGCAACAGGCAUGUCAGCUUCCGUCAGUGGGAUGGAAAUCCUCUCUCACCCAAUGCAGUUCCAUUUCCAGACUUCAGUACGAUUGCAUGCGGAGAGAUUCCACAGCCGCAUGAUGAGGCAGUGCUGAGAAGCCCACAUUUCACACAGGAAGAUGACAGUGAAGACGACUACUUUUCUACAGAAUUCUUACAACCAGAAAGGCCAGGAAUAUUGUCUGAUUUGGAAAUUGAUCAGCUGCCAUCAUACAAGUUCAACACAGACUCCUGCCUCCUAAAUCAUACAUCAUGUGUUGUUUGUAUGUCUGAUUUUGAAGCAGAACAGAUGAUCAGAGUUCUUCCAUGCCUUCAUCAUUUUCAUAUAGAGUGUAUUGAUAUGUGGCUUAAGUGCAGUGCCACGUGUCCAAUUUGCCGUGAUGAUAUAUCUCAAUAUUUCACUGGUGGGGAUUAGAAAAGCACCCUGUGGGUUUGUAUGGAGAAAGUGCCCACAUCUUCAAGUUACAGCUGGUUUUUCUAAGAGCUACCUUUGUUUUUACCUAUUUAUGUUCUUGCAGUAAGAUUAAGUAAAUUAUGUGUGUGUGUGUAUCUAACAUGUGCCUUGUAUUUGUGUUGUGUUCAUGUGGAAUAAACAAAAGAAUGAUUUACCUCA